CCCAAGCAACACCAUCCUUUUCAGAUAAGGGCACUGAGGCUGAGAGAGGAGCUGAAACCCACCCGGGGUCACCACACGCAGGUGGCAAAGCUGGGACCAGAAACCAGGACUGGUGACUGCAGCCCAGUAUUCAUUCUUUCCACAGCCCACAGGGCUGUCAAAGACCCCAGGGCCUGGACAGAGGCUCCUCCUUCCUGGAGAGUUCCUGGCACAGGAGUUGAGGCUCAGCACAGCCCCCUAACCCCCAACUCUCUCUGCAAGGCCUCAGGGGUCAGAACACUGGUGGAGCAGAUCCUUCAGCCUCUGGAUUUUAGGGCCAUGGUAGAGAGGGUGUUGCCCUAAAUUCCAGCCCUGGUCUCAGCCCAAUGCCCUCCGAGAAGAAAUUAGAGGGGCCGUGGCCAGGCUGUGCUGGCCGUUGCUUCUGAGCAGAUUACAAGGAGGGGCCAAGACAAGGACUCCUUUGUGGAGGUCCUGGCUUAGGGAAUCAAGUGAUGGCUCAGCACUCACGUGGGCAGUGCCAGCCUCUAAGAGUGGGCAGGGGCACUGGCCACAGAGUCCCAGGGAGUCCCACCAGCCUAGUGGCCAGACCUUCUGUGGGAUCACCAGACCUGCCUGGAACCCCACCUGACCCAAGCCCACCUGCUGCGGCCCACUGCCUGGCCAUGACCAUCACCUACACAAGCCAAGUGGCUAAUGCCCGCUUAGGCUCCUUCUCCCGCCUGCUGCUGUGCUGGCGAGGCAGCAUCUACAAGCUGCUAUAUGGCGAGUUCUUCAUCUUCCUGCUCUGCUACUACAUCAUCCGCUUUAUUUACAGGCUGGCCCUCACGGAAGAGCAACAGCUGAUGUUUGAGAAACUGACUCUCUAUUGCGACAGCUACAUCCAGCUCAUCCCCAUUUCCUUCGUGCUGGGCUUCUACGUGACGCUGGUCGUGACCCGCUGGUGGAACCAGUACGAGAACCUGCCGUGGCCCGACCGCCUCAUGAGUCUGGUGUCGGGCUUCGUCGAAGGCAAGGACGAGCAAGGCCGGCUGCUGCGGCGCACGCUCAUCCGUUACGCCAACCUGGGCAACGUGCUCAUCCUGCGCAGCGUCAGCACCGCCGUCUACAAGCGCUUCCCCAGCGCCCAGCACCUGGUGCAAGCAGGCUUUAUGACUCCGGCAGAACACAAGCAGUUGGAGAAACUGAGCUUACCACACAACAUGUUCUGGGUGCCCUGGGUGUGGUUUGCCAACCUGUCAAUGAAGGCGUGGCUUGGAGGUCGGAUCCGGGACCCUAUCCUGCUCCAGAGCCUGCUGAACGAGAUGAACACCUUGCGUACUCAGUGUGGACACCUGUAUGCCUACGACUGGAUUAGUAUCCCACUGGUGUAUACACAGGUGGUGACUGUGGCGGUGUACAGCUUCUUCCUGACUUGUCUAGUUGGGCGGCAGUUUCUGAACCCGACCAAGGCCUACCCUGGCCAUGAGCUGGACCUCGUUGUGCCCGUCUUCACGUUCCUGCAGUUCUUCUUCUACGUUGGCUGGCUGAAGGUGGCAGAGCAGCUCAUCAACCCCUUUGGAGAGGAUGAUGAUGAUUUUGAGACCAACUGGAUUGUCGACAGGAAUUUGCAGGUGUCCCUGUUGGCUGUGGAUGAGAUGCACCAGGACCUGCCUCGGAUGGAGCCGGACAUGUACUGGAAUGAGCCCGAGCCACAGCCCCCCUACACAGCUGCUUCUGCCCAGUUCCGUCGAGCCUCCUUUAUGGGCUCCACCUUCAACAUCAGCCUGAACAAAGAGGAGAUGGAGUUCCAGCCCAAUCAAGAGGACGAGGAGGACGCUCACGCUGGCAUCAUUGGCCGCUUCCUAGGGCUGCAGUUCUAUGAUCACCAUCCUCCCAGGUCAAACUCAAGGACCAAACUACUGUGGCCCAAGAGGGAAUCCCUUCUUCACGAGAGCCUGCCCAAAAACCACAAGGCAGCCAAACAGAACGUUAGGGCCCAGGAAGACAAGGCCUGGAAGCUUAAGGCUGUGGACGCCUUCAAGUCUGCCCCACUGUAUCAGAGGCCAGGCUACUACAGUGCCCCACAGACGCCCCUCAGCCCCACUCCCAUGUUCUUCCCCCUAGAACCAUCAGCGCCGUCAAAGCUUCACAGUGUCACAGGCAUAGACAAAGACAAAAGCUUAAAGACUGUGAGUUCUGGGGCCAAGAAAAGUUUUGAAUUGCUCUCAGAGAGCGAUGGGGCCUUGAUGGAGCACCCAGAAGUAUCUCACGUGAGGAGGAAAACCGUGGAGUUUAACCUGACGGAUAUGCCAGAGAGCCCCGAAAAUCAUCUCAAAGAACCUUUGGAACAAUCACCAACCAACAUACACACUACACUCAAAGAUCACGUGGAUCCUUAUUGGGCCUUGGAAAACAGGUCUGUCCUCCAUCUGAACCAGGGGCACUGCAUUGCCCUGUGCCCCACUCCAGCUUCCCUUGCUCUGAGCCUGCCCUUCCUCCACAAUUUCCUAGGGUUCCAUCACUGCCAGAGCAUGCUGGACCUACGCCCAGCACUGGCUUGGGGUAUAUACUUGGCCACCUUCACAGGGAUCCUAGGGAAGUGUUCGGGGCCUUUUCUCACUUCACCCUGGUAUCACCAGGAAGACUUCUUGGGACCAGGUGAAGGAAGAUGAGAUUGUGCUGACCAGAAUGCUGCUGGAGAACUGUACCAGGGCUGACAGGCCAGGCUUAGCUGAGCAGAUGUUAUCACUGGCCCCAACUUACUUUGAGCAAGGGUGGCUGACCCAAAACCAUGGGGUGGCAGUCAGCUGGAUGACAGAUGAACACUUCCUCCAUAACUAUUUAGGGUAGUACCCAAGCACUACAGGAAAAGGUGGCAGGAACUGCCUCACUCCUAGGAACUAGUAGACAGUGAGGUUGAGGGUGUCCAGGGCCCUUAGGUAAUUUUCUCACUGCCUGGGGACCUCACCAAAAUACUUCAUGCUUCCUUGGGGUCAGCCCAAAGCUGUCACAAAAUCAGAUGUUUCCCUUCAUUCCAGAUUUCCUGGGCACUUUCACCCAAUUAGAAACACCCCACUUCAACCCCAAUCAUGUGGGAGGAAGUGUAACUUUCUUUUUCUGGAUUCUCAAGCAGUUACUUUCACGCUCACAACACCCAGCUAUUAUGAUUGAAAACUUAAAAGGGCAACAGUUUCAGUCUUGCUUCUAGGGCUAGACAGGAACCUGGCAAACAUCUGUGGCUUCUUUAGCAAAGGAUGUUAAUAUUUAAGAAUCUUGUCUUGGGCUGGGUGUGGAGGCAAGUGGAUCACGGGAGGUCAGGAGUUUGAGACCAACCUGGCCAACAUGAUGAAACCCCAUCUCUACCAAAAAAAUACAAAAAUCAGCUGGGCGUUGUGGUGUGUGCCUGUAGUCCCAACGCAGGUUGAGGGGAGAAUUGCUUGAAAC